GCCAACGCCUCAUCGAAAAUGGCUUCCUUUUUGCUUGUAAGCAUCAUGCUCUCACUCCUGCUCGUCCUCUUCUCCCACCUCCUCCAACGUAUCGCCGCCGCUCGCCGCCGUCUUCCCCCCGGCCCAUGCCCGCUGCCGCUCAUCGGCAACCUCCUUGACAUCGGCGACCUCCCCCACCGCUCAUUCGCGCGCCUGGCCGAGCGCUACGGCCCGCUCAUGACCGUCCGGCUCGGCGCCGCGACUUGCGUCGUCGCCUCCUCGCCGGCGACGGCCCGCGCGGUGCUCCAGACGCACAACGCCAGCCUCGCCGGCCGCGGCCGGCAGGACGCGUGGCACGCCGGCGGCCACGCGGAGAACUCCGUGUUCGUCCUCCCGCCGGGCCGCAAGUGGCGCCUGCUGCGCAAGCUCGGCGCGGCGCACCUGUUCUCGCGGCGGAAGCUCGCCGAGCUGGCGCCGCUCCGCGACGAGAUCGUCGGCGGCCUCCUCCGGCGCGUCGCCGAGCGCGCGGACCACCGCGGCGGCGCGCCGGUCAACGUGGGGCGCCUGGCGCUCGCGGCGAACGUGGAGCUGCUGUGGCGCUCCGUGUUCUCCACCCGCCUCGACGCGGCGACGCUCGACGUGCUCUGCGACGUCGCGCGCGAGGCCGCCGUUCUCCUCGGGACGCCCAACGUCUCGGACUUCUUCCCGGCGGUCGCCGCGCUCGACCUCCAGGGCCUGCGUCGCAGGCUCGCCGAGCUGAUGAAGAACACGUACCGGCUGGUGGACGCGCAGAUCGACCAUCGGAUGCGCUGCAGGGAGUUGCGCGGCGGCCGCGGCGGCGAGGCCAUGGACUUGCUCGACGUGCUCCUUGACAUGUCCGAGCAAGAGCGGGAAGAUGGCGACGACGAGGUGAUAAACCGUGAUUUGAUGAGGGCGUUGCUCACGGAUUUAUUCGUUGGGGGGAGUGACUCCACCGCAACUACUGUAGAGUGGGCAAUGGCAGAGUUACUUCAAAAUCCUGAAAUCAUGAAAACGUUACAACAAGAAAUAAAAAUGGUUCUGGGCACUAGAUCUCAAGUUGAAGAAUCUGACAUUGGCCAACUUCCCUAUCUCCAAGCAAUUGUUAAAGAAACACUACGGCUACACCCAAUUGUGCCUUUGCGACUAUACGAGGCAGAGAGGACAGUAGAAAUAGAAGGACAUACAAUCCCCAAAGGGAGCAAAGUAAUAGUGAAUGCAUGGGCUAUUCAUCAAAGUGUUAAAGUUUGGAUACAACCAGAAAAGUUCCUCCCCAAGAGAUUCAUUACAAAAGAUAUCGAUUUUGCAGGUAGACACUUCGAAUUCAUUCCAUUUGGUUCAGGGAGGCACAUUUGCAUUGGAUUGCCUCUUGCCAACCGAAUGCUGCACAUGAUACUUGGCUCGCUUAUGCACCAAUUUAAAUGGACAAUGCCUCAAAUGGUGAACAGGAAUGGUUUAGACAUGGCUGAGAAGUUUGGAUUAGCGGUGUCAAUGGCUACCCGGCCAAAUAUUAUAGCUAGAAAAAUGUGACUUCUGGAAUUGUUGAACAUGUCAUUUUGAGAAUAGAGUAUGUUCCUUUCGAAGAAAAUGUUUACUAGGAUUUGGUGAUAUAGUCAUGUGCUAUUGCAAUCAUAGAUACUUUAUGAAACAAAGUGUUAUUUCAUAGAAGUAUCUAGAUCCAUGGCCCGCCUACCCGGCCAAAUAUUAUAGCUAGAAAAAUGUGACUU